AUGGCGGCGCUCCAACAGAGCACCGGAAGUGAGCGUCGGCGCCGCGUGCGUCGCCGAACUCUUCCCUCCAGGCGCGUCCCGCUUCACCCCGCCCCGGCGCCGAGUCCCUGACGUCACCACACCUUUCCCGGCGGAAGCGCCUCGCGAUUGGCGGGCCGGCAGACUAUAUAUAGGCGUCACGAGGCGCCGCGGCCUUCUUUCUCUCCGACCCCAGGGAGGCCUCCAUACGGCGUUGUAGCCGCGUGAGUCGGCGCGGGGAAGCGGGCGGGGAACGGGGGGUGGGGGAGCGAAAAGGCGUCUUCGGAGGAAGAAGAGGGAGCCGAGCCGGGGCGGCAGCGUGGGGGGCCCUUGGGGGGAGAGGACGGGGCUGGUCCCCCUUCCGCUGGGGGGCCCUUCGCUCGAGGCCUCGCAGCUGCAGCGGAAUAACCCGGCCUUGGGGGCGCCCUGAGAGGCCCCGAGCCCAACCCGUGCUGAGGUUUUAACCCAGAUCAGGAAUAUAUACAUUGCUAUCACUGGAUUUCCGUACCGCCCUUCAUCCGCAGAGCGCUUUGCAAUCUAUCUAUAUAAUAACACAAAUAUAGCACAAAUGUAUAUAUAUGUGUGUGUGUGUGUGUGUGUGUGUAUAUACAUACACACACACACACACACACACACAUAUAUAUAUAUAUAUAUAUAUAUAUAUAUAUAUAUAACACAAACUCGUUGCAAGCAAGGGCAAUAACACACCCGAACACUGUUUAAAUGGCCCUGGACGGUUCAGUUAGCCAAAAGUCAUGGAGUAUAGGAAUAAUUUUUCCUUGGUGCCUAAAGGUAAUGGAUGCCGGCGAUCUCUCCUUGCUUCACCUCUAGCUGAAGCAGUUCUGAAUCCUGAUGUCGUUACAUAGUUAAUUUGAUGUUUCUUGCCAUUCUCUCCCCCCUCCCCCAAGGACUCGAGGCAGAUCACAGAUAAAAUAGGGACACAGGUGCGGGGGGCGAUCGUUAGAAAGGACAAGCACACAUUACGUGUAUAUGCAAGAUAUUGAAAAGGACAGCGAAAAUGGCGCUGCACCAGCCUUUUCAUUACAGUCAGCUCCCAAAAGCGUGUUGAAGUAAGGUCUCUCUAAAGACUGCAAGGAGAGAGCCGGUUUUAAGUUCUUUAGGAAGGGUGUUCCAGAGUCUGGGAAUAACAUCUACUGUACAAUGUAAAUAAAACACAGAGAAAAUGUUAAUUUGCCUCAAAAUAUCUGCUUCCAUUUUUUUUUUAAAGAGCUCCCAGAUGAGUAGUCUUCUUUGGCCUUUCUAAGAAAUCUUACUCCAUUGCAGGCAUUGAAUGGUUCCCCCUGAUUUGGAGACCAUAGUCACUUUUAUAUGAUGGUUGUGUAUAUUUUAAGCUUGGCAGCAGAAUCCUGGGCUUUUGUUGCUUAAUAGCCUCCUGGUUGAAACCCUUUAAAAACAUUUAAAGAAAACAUAAUUUUGAUGCAAACAUACCAAUUUAAACUUAAUAGUAAUUAAUUUUAUAUAAUAGGCUUAGCAUAAAGGUUGCAAUUUUUCAUUUUGAAUUGCUGCAGUUUGUUGUAAGGCACCCUAUUUAUUUAAAGCACUUUUAUGAUCUUCCAGCCAAAAAAGGUUCCCAGAGCAGGUUGCAUAAAUCCAAUGAUAGGAUCACCCAAGUUUGCAUGCUUCCAAGUUCUUUAAAUGACCAGCAUAAAUGGAAACAUCUGAGAGGAGAAGCCCAACAAAGCUGAUUCAGGGAUCCUAUUUCCAAUCACUGCCUCUGCUGCAGCCUAAUGGCUGCUGUUAGAUGACAGUUUUAGGCCAGAAAUGUGGUUAUGUUGCCUCUUCAAUUGCCACUAUAUAAGAUCUUUUUCCUGCCCUCCUAGCAGUUUGACAGCACGUCAAAGUGCAAGUAGAUAAAUAGGUACCCCUCCGGCGGGAAGGUAAACUGUAUUUCUGUGCACUGCUCUGGUUCGCCAAAAGCGGCUUGGCCACAUGACCCAGAAGCUGUCUGUGGACAAAUGCUGGCUCCCUCGGCCUAUAGGGUGAGAUGAGUGCCGCAACCCCAGUCGUUCACAACUGGAUCUAACGGUCAGGGGUACCUUUACCUUUAAGAUCUUUCUUAAAUCACAAAGUUACUGUAAAUCACAUGCAGAACCCAAGGUUUUUUUUAUCAUUCUUGUAUUGAAGAAGACUUUGCAAUCAUAUAUUUGCCUCUGCAGUGACAGUAGUUCACUAUUGCUCCCAUUUUAUAGAUUGGCACGGAGACCUGACAGUGAUGUUCCUGUCCCACACUAACAUAAGCUGAUUUUGUUUUAGGUUUCCUGUCGUUGCUUUAAAAGGAAACUUCACAAUGUCCGGAGGUCUUGAUGUUCUGCAGAUGAAGGAGGAAGAUGUCCUCAAAUUCCUUGCUGCAGGAACCCACUUGGGAGGCACCAAUCUCGACUUUCAGAUGGAACAGUACAUUUAUAAAAGAAAAAGUGAUGGUAAGAAUCUUGUAGAAUGUCAGGGUGAUUUUUUAAUAGUCUGUUGUUUGUGGCGAUGCUAGACUCAGCAGUGGCUUAUGAGUGCAAAGCAGCAUUGGAUUUUACAUUUUUCUGUUCAGUUAUUUAUAUAUUCAUUCUAUAUACUACUGCUUAGUGCUUUUCACUUCCUUUAGUCCUAUUCCUUGCCAAGAAUGCACAUGCUGAACUUGCCUAUUCAAAUAAGUGAAUUGCUUUUGUUAAUUGUUCUUCAUGUCUAGGCCAGGGAUGGGAAUUUCUGGCCCUCCAAAUGUUACUAGGCUACAACUACCACCAUCCCUGUUUAUUAGCCAUUUUGGCUAGGGCUGAUGGGAGUAGGACUCUGUUAACAACAUGUGGAAAGGGUCACAGGUUCCCUGUUCCUUGUCCUGGCCUAUCUUGCAGUACUCUAGGAGUAAACUGACACCUAGGGGUUCUUUACAUUUCAGGACAGGUUUUUUGUACUUUGUUUUACUUCUUUGUGUUCUGAUGUUUAUCAUGGAGACAUGUCACAAAGAAUAGCUUUGGUGGCUUGAGUAAGAUUCGAUAUAUUUCAGGCAGCUUGAUCUACAUGUUUGGUUUUAACUGCACGCUAUUAAAGCUCAGAGGUGAGGUCAGUUUCUGGCCUAUGAACUCUUGAGUGUCGGAAGUGUGCUACAGUAAACUCUGGCAGGAUUUUCGCUAACGCCAGGAGAGCUAUGCUCUAUGACUGGAGUUUGAUAGUAGUCACUGCCACAUCCAUGCCAAGCUUGAUAAGGUGAAGGGACAUGUUUAAUAAUACUUUGUAAACGUGCACCUCUGCAUUUACUAUUGAGGCACUAUGAGUGGGAAGGGAAGCACCCCCUUCUGCAAAAUUGUCCUCUGAAGUGUAACCACAGCAAAACAGUAAGUGUAGGAACCCUCAUGCCACUUGCACAUUCCUUUGAAUCGUCACUUCCCAGAUGAAGGCAAACCAGAGGAUGAAAUCAGUACAUCUCCAUGUCUUUUUGGAGCCAUUUUUCAUUCUCAUGCACUCGUAUCAUUUUAACAAGGGGGAAGGAGAAGUGCAAACAACCGCAGUCGGGAAGCAAGAUUCAAUACAAGUGCGUCCAGUUGCCAGUUUCUGUUAUCUAAAACACCAUUGCGUUUUAUGUAGGUAUUUACAUCAUCAAUCUGAAGAGAACGUGGGAAAAGCUGCUUUUGGCAGCUCGUGCCAUUGUUGCCAUCGAGAACCCGGCUGAUGUGAGCGUUAUCUCCUCCAGGAAUACUGGACAGGUAUGGGAGUAUGUCUAGGAAUGCGAAUUGUGUGAUGGGGUUGGCUUUAGUAUUUUUGCAAAUGUGUCAGCACUUGUCUCCAAAUAACCAUGCAAGCCAGGUUUCUGUUGAAAAUGCAGCAUAAAUUGUAGAAGAAAUUCAACUAUUUCAACCUUUCUUAUUAUCUCCCCACUGUAGCGUGCCGUUCUGAAAUUUGCUGCUGCAACUGGAGCUACACCAAUUGCUGGCCGUUUCACUCCUGGCACUUUCACCAAUCAGAUCCAGGCUGCCUUCCGUGAGCCCCGCCUCUUGGUAGUCACUGAUCCAAGAGCUGACCAUCAGCCACUGACUGAAGCAUCAUAUGUAAACAUCCCUACCAUUGCCUUGUGCAAUACUGAUUCUCCCCUGCGCUAUGUGGAUAUUGCAAUUCCAUGCAACAACAAGGUAGUGUAUACUCUUUAUGUCUAUCCAUGGUUUUCUUUUAAAGGCAUUUUCUGGGUGUGAUUUUCAAAGUUUGCAGUCAAAGCUUACUGCUGUGUUUUGAUAGAGGGCAGCAACUAGUUUUGGAGGGGUUGUGUGCACAUUGUUAGAGCUCAGAGCUGAGGUCAGUUUCUGGCCAGUGAACUCCUGAGUGUAGGAACUGUGCUACAUCAAUCUUGGCAGGAUUUUUCGCUAACGCCACAAGGACUUUCACGGUCCAAUGAGUGGAGUUUGAUAGUGAUUCUUGCCACACCUUUAUGGGAAAUGGUACAGGUAGUUGAGGGACGUACCUACCUUAUUUUUAAUGUAUUUUACCCCAUUGUUCUGCUUUUGAAUUUGCUGAGCAGUCUUGCCAAAACUUGAUUGCCUGUGGCUUUUUAAUAAGAUACGUUUUUUGCCAAUUUACCCUAUAAUUUUCUGAAUUAUUAUUAUUUUGAGAAUCUUGGUCCUAAUGGAUAAAUAUCUAAUCUGUGCUCCAGGGGGCUCAUUCAGUUGGCCUGAUGUGGUGGAUGUUGGCUCGUGAGGUCUUGCGUAUGCGUGGCACUAUUUCCCGUGAGCACCCGUGGGAGGUCAUGCCUGAUCUCUACUUCUACCGGGAUCCUGAAGAGGUAAGCUCAGAUUGGCACACAGUAUUGUGUUGGGAUUUUAGGACGAGGAAGGAAAAGGAGAGCAUAACCUUGGCAAAGCAGCAUGACCUGUACCCUGUCCGCUCAGUCCCUACCCAGAGGUUCAGAGUAUGAGGAGGCACUUCUGGAGCAAAAUGUUUCUUUAACGUUUACACUAUGUGUGAUUGACACUUGAUGGUUUCACUAGUGGGGCACCAAAGUUAGUCACAUACAUAAACUCUCUUUAGAGGAACCUUUCAACAGCUCUAUUGAACCAAGUCUUUGGUAGACCUUUUCCAGCUAGAAUGGCUAUCAGUGUUCUAACCAGCAACACCCACUCAGCCCCUUCUGGGAUUUAAUUUCCUCUGAUGGGAUCAAAUCUGGGUUGCCCUGCCUAGCCAUUCCCACUCAGAUGCUUCAAACCCCAGUUGCUCACACUGACAGCCCGACUCUGACAGGGAGAGUCAAAUACCUAUCUGCUAGGCCCCUGUCUAACCUGACAGGUGCAUGGCCCGGUUGAUUAGGGCGUGGUGCUUGAUCCCUGUACGGGAGAGCUGCAUAUACCUGCAUUGCAGGGAGUUGGACUAGAUAAGUCUCAGGGUCCCUUCCAACUCUUGAUUCUAUUGUGACUCUUAAAACUCUGCAUCUAACUUAAAUACUGCUUUCUCCUGAUUUGCUCUGGGUCUCUCCAGCUCUCAUUGGUUGCCAGGUCACCAGGAGGCAGGCCCAUAGCUUGUCCGUCGCAGAAUAUAUCUGUAACAUUAUCUUGCGUUAAUCUCUCUCUCAGAUUGAAAAGGAGGAGCAGGCUGCAGCUGAGAAGGCGGUUACAAAGGAGGAAUUCCAAGGCGAAUGGACUGCACCUGCACCCGAAUUCACUGCUCCUCCGCAGCCUGAGGUGGCUGAUUGGUCUGAAGGAGUGCAAGUGCCGUCUGUGCCAAUACAGACAACAUUCCCAGCUGGUAAGUAUCUUGAAAGAUGAAACUACAUCUCUUGAUGACAGCGAACUGUAAAGUUAUUUGGCACUUGCGUCAGUGGUGUUUCCAUUUUCUCCAACAGAGGUUUCUCUGAUAAAAUCUCAAGAUUUAUUAGUUCUCAAACGUGACAAGGGAGGGUUGGGGGUGUUUGCUUGAGUUUAACAUUUCUGAUGGUGGUUUUACGUAUGUUUUUUUCCAGAGGACUGGAGUGCACAGCCUGCCACUGAAGACUGGUCUGCAGCCCCCACUGCUCAGGCAACUGAGUGGGUAGGGACUGCCACUGAAUGGUCUUAA